UUUUGAGGGAAAUCUCAAAUUAAUUUAUGGACAAAAAGAAAAGGAAAAAAAAAACCAACGAAAGAUCUCUUCUCCAAACUCCUACUCUCAGCUGCUCUUUCAUCUCCUUCCUCUUUCUCCCGCCCCCGGAGUUGUAUCACCAGUUCACCACCACUAGUCGGCGGCUCCUCUGCAAUUUGGGGACUUCCAACCACCUCUUCUUCUCUGCUCGUUGCUAUUCUCAGUGUUCACCACAGUGGAAUUCUUGUUACAAAACGAUCUGAAAAUGAAAGUUAUCAGGUUCUCUCAGAACCUGAUGUUUACAAAUAAGAGUUUAAAGCAAUUAUUUAACAUUCUCAACAUUAGGGAAUUCUCUCUUUGGUCAAUGAAGAAAGACCCAGAUCUUGAAUCAGCUCUAUCCCAUAAUCGGCGUUGGAUUGUGAAUAACCAAAUCAAGAACAUAAUCUUGAGAUACCCUAACCAGGUAGUACCUGUAAAUUUCAUUCAGAAAAAGUUCAAGACCCUUGAUCUUCAAGGCAAAGCUCUCAAUUGGUUGAACAAGUACCCAUGUUGCUUUGAGGUCUUUCGAGAAAACAACGAGCUCUAUUGUCAACUAACAAAAAGAAUGAUGUGCUUAGUAGAGGAAGAAGAGUCCAUCAAGGAAGAACAGGAGCCUGUGUUUGCUGAGAGGUUGGCGAAAAUCUUGAUGAUGAGCUCAAAUCAAAGGCUCAAUGUAGUAAAGCUCGAUGAAUUGAAGCGGAAUUUUGGUUUCCCCGAUGAUUAUCUCAUUAGAAUCGUUCCAAAGUAUCCGGAAAUGUUUCGGCUUAUUAAUUACAGUGGCAGGAAAAGUGCAAUGGAGAUUGAGCUUGUACCAAGUAACCCCGAGUUACCAAUUUCGUUCAUUGAAAUGUCAGCUAGCAAGCAGAAGCAGAAUAAUACAGAGCCUGCCUUUUCAUGUUCAUUGCCUUCGACAUGGAUUAAAUCAUGGGAGAAGUUUCAUGACUUCAAUUCAACACCUUAUAUUUCACCUUACACAAAAAAUUCAAGCAGUUUAGUUGAAGGAACAAAGGAGCAUGAGAAAAGGACAGUGGCCUUGGUGCAUGAAUUACUAUCACUGACUCUUUGGAAGAAGAUGUCAGUCAUAAAGCUAGGCCAUUUCAGGAGAGAGUUUGCAUUGCCAGAGAAGUUAAAUGUUUUGCUUUUAAAACAUCCUGGAAUAUUUUAUGUAACAAAUAAAUAUAGGACCUACACGGUUCUUCUCCGAGAGGGCUAUAAUGGCUCAAAGCUAAUCAACAAGGAUCCCGUUGUUGUGGUGAAGGAUAAAUUUGGGGAACUAAUGCAAGAGGGGCUACACGAGUACAAUCAACGAGGGCGUUUAUCAAACCUAGAGAAGAGGAAGAAGAGAGGUAUAAUAAUUAUGCCUAAAGUAGAGAAAAAGGACAAGAAUGUAGAAAUAUCUGAACAAGAAGAAGAAGAAGAUCGAGUAGGUCAUUCUGGACGUCUAUUUGAUCCUGAGGAAAGGAAAAGGUUUUACAAGAUACUGUUUGAAGAGGAUUCCUGAGAUUCGUGAAUCUGGAAGUUGGUUCCUUAUUUCAGGAAUAUGACCAUGGAAUUUGCCAGUAAUUCUAACAAGUGAAAGUAAUAGGAUUUCUAAAUUUGAAGCAUAUUCAGAUAUAUGACACUGGAGUGGGACAUUGCAUCCAAUAUACUCAAAAUCAGCUGAAUACAAGAAACAUGGUUCGUUUAGUUCAGAUCAAAACUACGUCUCAAUCCCGCAGAAGAUGGAAAAGUGACACUUGAUUGCAGAAAGUGGCUCCUUAACCUCUGGGAGUGACCUGAAUUACGGCUGCAGAGCGGACAUCGUGAAACUUUAAUUUAGCAAUGGAUGGAAAGCUCAAUUACGGCUGUAUAUACACGAAGUAAUAUUGUUUGACAUCCAAAUAUUUGGAUGUUGCUAAAAGUACUAUCCAUUCUCUCUACCUAUUUUAUUGUUUUUAUUCAAUUUUCUCUCUUGAACACCAAAUGUUGGUGUUUGAUGAACAUGUAAUGAUAUUUUUGAAUAGUGUGAUGAUUAUAUGGCAUUUUUGUAAAUAAAUUGUCAAAAUAUACCGUCUGGAUAUUUUUAAAUAGUGUGAUGAUUAUAUGGGAAAUUCUCUCUACCUAUCAAGAA